UGCAGCCUUCGGAGGACUUACAGGCACCCCAGAAGUGCAUUCAGGAGAGGACCCAGGUUCUUAUCUCGGCCCUGAGACAAGCUGUCAUCAUAUAUUUGUGAUUUCCUCAGUCUCUCCAAAGAAAAUACGUAAAGCUUCCUACAUCCUUUCCUAUUCAGUGUUCACUGAUCGUCAUACCAUUACGGCGGUAUGCAACCUUAGAUUGGAAAAGCGUCGUUAAAUAACCAAAAAUAUAAAGAAAUGUGUAUAUACCCUUCUAUCAUCUUGCGUUGAUUGAUGACAAAAUUUCUUGCAUCCUGAACAAUCUUACAUUCUGGUAUGUUCUAUAAAAUACGAUCACCGAUAAAGGACAACGCAACUGUCACUUCCCGGCUCUCGGUUGGGACUGCAUAUCUCACCUCUCAGCGCUCUGGUAUAGUGGCUAUAUGAAACAAUAGAAACAGCCAACUUUUUCUAUCAGUUCCUGCCUGGAAGUUAGAUUUGCGUUGAGCUUUUAUCAGCGAACGCAAUCUGUAACUCCGCGAUCAUCAACGCCGCUAGAGGAAGAAGGAAAAACAUGGAAUGUGUGAGUAACACGAGACGCCACGAUGAUCUAAUCCAAAAUGUUGGUGACAUUUUGUGAGAGAGCUGGUCUGUUACGCUGAUGAGCUAUUUAUUACCUUCCGCCCAAACCAAAAGCUCUCGCCACCCCUUGUCGGCUGUCCGCUACUGUUUAUUCAACAUACUCGCGCCUCUGCGUCCAUAUCUGGACGCCUCGUCGUGCGUUAUGCCGUGUGACAUGUCCAAUGAGGAGUAUUUAAUCAAAAGUACAUUCCACUCACAAAGAAUGACCAAUCUCUCGGAAUAGUCUAAUCUUAAAAAAUCUGAUUGGUUGUUCGAGUAUGAACCACUUCUUAAUAUAUGGCCACAUCACUUAGAAAUCACCUCAUACUCAGAUAAGAGAUACAAAAACGUUUGAUCAGAAGUCCCCAAUCGAUGAUAACACUAACAACAUGUAUUUUCGAUAAAACCGUAUUAGAGCAGAUAACACGUGACCCUGGACAUCAAGAAACGCCCUCUUGCAGUAAAUGAAGAGUCGUCGCCACCACAGAAAUUCGCACGGACGGAGUAUGAAAUGGCCGGAGCAUAAGAAAUUCGUACACAAUUCUGAUCGUUAAACCUGGAGGGAAGAGACCAUUUGUGAAACCUAGUCAUAUGUGAGAAGAUAAUAUUAAAAUGUACCCUCAGCAAAAAAGGCUGGGUCUUGUGAAUACGGUAAUGAACUUUAGAAUUCCGUACAAGUGAGGGGUGGCCAUAACAACUGAGCAUUUUCGUAGAGCUCCGAGUUAAUUCGGGAUGCCACUAGGGGACUCGAAGUUAGAGGUCCUCACGACUGUGAGAAUGUCGGUUGUGGUCCUGAAUAUGGAGGCUGUAUGUCCUUCCGAAACAAUGGUAAUCGUCUACGGUACAUGACUAUGUCAUAAUCCACAGACCACGACCAACAAAUACCUUUUCUGAUCCGCGGGGUUAAAAAAUGCAUGCCAAUAAUUACAACUUGAAGGCGAAUGUCAAAGCUGCCCUUGGCCUCUCUCUUGAGUGUUGUUUACCAAUACGAAGUUACCGCUAUCUGAUAUCUCGAGCAUGACGUCGUCGCAAGUUUUUUCCUUCUUCAGAAGAUUAUCGGCACACAGCACGUUUCAUUUAUCUCAUGCCUGCACUGGUGCAAAUCCGUACAAAUGAGUUCCUUACGUAACGUUUUCAUCGAGAUUAUGUUUGGACGACACGAACUGCUCAUAGGCAACGUUUACUUACAAUUUACUAUCUCCGAUAAAUGAACCUGACAUUGGUCACAUUUCUGCGAAAGUAAAAUUAAAUUCCUUUCCUUCCCCGCGGCCAUUGCAAAACCGAUAAAUACCACUUUAAUAUUAUACAGCCUCCCAGUCGUACAGUUCCUGAGUUAUAAAUGUCGAACGCCGGUAAUUAAAACGCAAAAACCAGUUUGUCACAGCGCGCGCCUGUAUUUGGGCACAAACGUUUCGGAGAAACAAACUGCCUCCAUCUUCAGGACCUUCUUCUCGAGGCCACAUUUAGUAACCUUUCAUGAAUAUGCACUCAGGCCAUAUCUUAUCCUGCAGUUUCAUCUGUGAAGUGCUUUCACAAGUAGCAGCUACCAAAUUUGAUUAAGAAACGCGGUACUUGAGAAAACAUAGUACACAUUUUAUAGUGAAAACAGAUAAAAUACAUAGGCGUAUCUUGAUAAUGUCAAAUAUAGCAAACUGACAAUUUUUGACAGAACGCGAUAGCGCACGCCUAUAAAAUUCAGUUGUGCCCGGGCAAAAUGCCAGAGGAUUUCAAGAAUGUCGCACAAACACCUCGUUCUUUUGGCGGUCGCCAUUCUGACCACAACAUGCGGUGGAAAUACCAUCAACGAACUCCCACUGCACAUUCGUCAAAUGAAGAAUGUUCACUACGACGGCGGGGUACCCUGGAUGCUCAUCCCGGAUGGUGAUGGAGUGCUCCAUGUCGCCAUUUUGACAGACAUUCCAGGACCAAUCACAAGAGACGUAGCAGAAGACGUGAAUCUCGAACUGUACACUAACAAAAUCGGCAGCUCCGUACCAAACCGACUGAUAGUCAACGAUCCCGAGAACCUGAAAAAUUCUGGAUUCGAUUCCAAAAACCCAACGAAGAUCCUGGUCCAUGGUUUUUCUGGAAAUGGCAGAAACUCCAUGAUAAUUGACAGCAAAAACGCCUACCUAGCUAAGGGCGACUACAACAUCAUCGGCGUAGACUGGGGAGUGCUCUGCCCUUCGCCGAACUACAUUACCGCCUGUCGGAACGCCGUUCUGGUCGGCGAGCACCUCGCAGACCUGGUGGAGUUCCUCGUGGAGAACGGCGCGAAGUUGGAGGACAUCCACAUAACCGGGCACAGCCUCGGCGGUCAAGUGGGAGGAUUCGCGGGCGGCAGUACCCGGACGGGCAAGAUCGGCAGAAUCACAGGUUUGGACACGGCGUACCCGAUGUUCGGUAACGCGGACGCAGCUGGGCGCCUGGACCCAGACGACGCCAUCCUGGUGGACGCCAUCCACACCUGCUUCCCUGACCCCUACACCCAAGUGGACUUCUAUCCUAAUGGAGGAAUUAGGCCACAACCGGGCUGCGACGCGAGUGACGUCACUGGUCAAUGCAGUCACAGCAAAGCUUGGGAGUACUUCAUUGAAUCGAUCAAAAGAGAGGACAGGUUUCCUGCCGUGGGCUGUCUCACUGAAGAGGAGGCAAAUACUGGCGCUUGCACGGACGAUUCUACGGGAAUAAUGGGAGACGCCAUACAAUUUACGAAGAAAGGGAUAUACUACGUGGACACCACUAAGUAACCAACACAUCUCACGAAGAAACCAAUUUUUUAUCAUGACCUGUCUUCAUAGAAAUGAAGGAUUUUCCUUUAAAACAUAUUAACUGGAAGGUUUCAGAUUAAAAGUAUUUGGCCAGAAAGAAAAAGUUAUGUUCUCUUAUACUAUUCAAUAUACAUGUUUAUGAGGUCAUUCAAGGCUUGCACGUUUUACUGCUUACUCCAAAUGAAAGUUGGACCACUUAUACAUUCAUGAUUCAAGCAAUGUUCUCAAUAAAAGAAUGUUACAACCAA